CAAGGUUUGGUCUGACCAUUCAACAUGGACAGCCAUGAGGACACCGAAACCAUGGAGAAACCGUGGAAAUGUGGGGACUGUGGGAAGGGAUUUGGUUCCCCAUCAAAGCUGGAAAUUCAUCAACGCAGUCACACUGGGGAGAGGCCGUUCACCUGCUCCGUGUGUGGGAAGGGAUUCACUAAUUCAUCCAACCUGAUGAGACACCAGCACAUUCACACUGAGCAGAGUUCAGUCAUCUGCUCCGUGUGUGGGAAGGCAAUCGGUCAUUCAUCAAACUUUCAGAGGCACCAGCAAACUCACAGUGGAGAGAGGCCGUUCACCUGCUCCGUGUGUGGCAAGGGAUUCACUCAGUCAUCCUACCUACUGACACACCAGCGCAUUCACACGAGGGAGAGUCCGUUCAUCUGUUCCUUGUGUGGAGACGGAUUUAAUCAAUUAUCCAGGCUUCUGAAUCACCAGAGAAUUCACACUGGGGCAAGUCCAUACACCUGCUUUAUCUGUGGCAAGGGAUUUAAUCGACCAUCCAAACUACUGACACACCAGCGAAUUCACACUGGGGAGAGGCCAUUCACCUGCUCCAUGUGCGGGAAGGGAUACACCAAUUCAUCUGACCUGUUGACACAUCAGCGGGUUCACACUGGUGAGAGGCCAUUCACAUGUUCCAUGUGUGGAAAGGGAUUCAUUCGGUCAUCCCACCUUCUGACACAUCAACUUGUUCAUACUGAUCAGAGACCUUUUAAAUGUUCUGAGUGUGAGAAGACCUUUAAAAGUAAAAAGGAUCUGCUGACACACCAACGAGUUCACACUGGGGAGAGGCCAUUCACCUGCUCCGUGUGUGGGAAGGGAUUCACUCAGUCAUCCACCCUGCUGACACAUCAGCAAGUUCACAAGUGACUAUGGGGAUUGAAAUCUGUGGUUACUGUUGCUGUUAAUCCUGUUCAGGAUUGAAUUCUUUCAUUCUGACAGCUGGAGUUUGUUUCUGCUGAAAUAUAAUUGUGCAAAGAAGGG